GUGUAGCUGAGGGCGGACCACCAUGGCCGAGCCGGAGGCUGCGGACGCACCGAGACCGGCGCGAGACUUUCCCUGCGCUUCGGCGCGCGAGAGCGAUGCCGCCGCUGAGAGUGCGCGCGCGUUCCUCAAUCCGGCCGCUGCUUCUGCCGCCGCCGCCGCGGGACCCGGAGCGCGCGCAGCCGAGGCGGCGCAGAGUAACGGCGGACAGCGGAGCCGCGACAGCUCGGCGGAGCGCAGCCAAGGAGCCGGGAGCGCACCCUGCGGCAUCAUGAAGAACAACUCCAAGCAGAGGCAGGUGAGGAAGAAGACGGUGUCGUUCAGCUCCAUGCCAAGCGACCGCAAGAUGAACAGCACGGCCGCCUGCAUGGCCUUCAUGUUGGAGGGAUGCGAGAUGAAAAAGGUCCGCUCCAACUCACGCAUGUACAACCGAUACUUCCUACUAGACCCCGACUUGCGCUGGCUCCGCUGGGAACCUUCGAAAAAGGAUUCGGAAAAGGCCAAGCUGGAGAUCAAAAGCAUCAAAGAGGUGCGGUUAGGGAAGAAGACCCCUGUCCUACGCAGCAAUGGUCUCUCAGAUCAGUUUCCAGAUGAGUGCGCUUUCUCGAUCAUUUAUGGAGACAACUAUGAGUCUUUGGAUUUGGUGGCAGGCACAGCAGACGUGGUCAGCACCUGGGUGAUGGGACUAAGAUACCUGGUCUCUUACGGACGGCACAUGGUUGGAGUGGUCGAAGCCUCUCAGCCGAGCGUAAGAACAUCCUGGAUCGGCUCUGUGUUCGAGUUGGCCGAUGUCGAAAGGCAAGGACAUAUUGACCUGUUUCGUGCCACGCAGAUAAUUAAGGGGCUAAAUCCAGGCAUGAGGGAAUCUCGGAUUGAGCUGAAGUUUAAAGAACUUCAGAAAGCCAAAGAGCGCUACAGCGAGGCCAUUGACAUAGACUUGUUCGUAGAAGCCUAUUGUGAAUUGUGCACAAGACCUGAGAUAUUUUUCCUGCUUGUGCAGUUCUCGAGCAACAAGGAAUACUUGGAUUCAAAGGACUUAAUGUUGUUUGUGGAAGUUGAGCAAGGUGUAGAAGGAGUGACAGAAGAAAUGUGCCGCGAAAUUGUAAGAAAAUAUGAGCCAUCAGCUGAAGGUCGUGAUCACGGCUACCUAUCUAUUGAUGGUUUUACACAUUACCUCUUGUCUUCUGAGUGCCACAUUUUUGACCCACAGCACAAAAGUGUUUGUCAGGACAUGACGCAACCACUGUCGCACUACUACAUCAACUCCUCACACAAUGCCUCUUUGCUGGAGGACCAUUACUGGGGCUCCUCAGACAUCAGCAGCUAUGUCCGUGCCCUGCGUAUGGGCUGCCGCAGCAUAGAGGUGGUGGUGUGGGAUGGUCCUGACUGUGAGCCCAUAGUCUACGUAGGCAGCUCCGUUGCCUCUCAGUUGGCCUUCUCAAAAGUCCUGGAUGUCAUUAACCAGUAUGCCUUUGAGAGCUCAGAGUAUCCUCUUAUUCUGUGCCUAGUGACACACUGCAGUGUCCCACAGCAGAGGGUCAUGGCCCAGCACAUGAAGAAGAUCCUGGGGGACAAACUUUACACAGAGCCUCCCAGUCCUGAGGAAAACUAUCUGCCCUCCCCGGAAAAACUAAAGGGCAAGAUACUUCUGAAAGGGAAAUGCCUGCCACCUGACAUACAGGAUUCUGAAGGGGAUGUGACUGAUGAGGAAGAGGGGCUUGAGAUGUCACGGCGCUUGGUAGGAGCCGAGGAGAAGGACCAUCUCAACGGUUUUGGUUGCAAGAGGCUACAGCUCUGUAAAGAUUUAUCAGAUAUUGUCACCCUUUGCAAAUCUAUCCAGUUUAAAGAUUUUGAAUCCUCAAAGAGGGAACAGAAGUACUGGGAGAUUUGUUCCUUCAACGAGGUGGAUGCUAAUCGCUUCGCUAAUGAGUACCCUGAGGACUUUGUCAGUUAUAAUAAGCGAUUUCUGUCUCGGGUAUACCCGACUCCCAUGCGCAUCGAUGCCAGCAAUAUGAACCCACAGGACUUUUGGAAAUGUGGUUGUCAGAUUGUGGCUAUGAAUUACCAAACACCAGGCCUAAUGAUGGACCUAAAUUUGGGCUGGUUUAGGCAAAAUGGCAACUGUGGUUACGUGCUGCGUCCUGCCAUAAUGCGUGAGGAGGUCUCGUAUUUCAGUGCCAAUGCUCGUGAUUCUUUGCCUGGUGUAUCCUCCCAGUUCCUCCAUAUCAAGGUGAUCAGUGGCCAAAACCUGCCAAAACCUCGAGGCUCAGCAGCAAAAGGUGAUGUGGUAGAGCCGUACAUCUAUGUAGAGAUCCACGGGAUCCCUGCAGAUUGUGCGGAGCAGCGCACAAAGACUGUGUCACAGAGCGGUGACAAUCCUAUUUUUGAUGAGAGCUUUGAGUUCCAGAUAAAUCUUCCUGAACUAGCGGUUUUGCGUUUUGUGGUUCUCGAUGAUGACUACAUUGGCGACGAGUUCAUUGGCCAGUACACCAUACCAUUUGAGUGCCUGCAACCGGGAUAUCGUCACGUACCCCUGCAGUCACUUACAGGAGAGUUUUUGCCCAAUACUACGUUAUUUGUUCAUGUGGCCAUUACAAACAGGCGUGGUGGGGGCAAAGUUCACAAGCGAGGUCUUUCUGUGAGGAAGGGUCGCAAAGCAAGGGAGUACACUUCAACCAAGACAACAGGGAUCAAAGUAAUAGAUGAACUUUUCAGGGCUUCCACACAGCCACUUCGGGAGGCAACAGAUUUGCGGGAAAAUGUGCAGAACGCAAUGGUGUCAUUUAAGGAGUUAUGUGGGCUGACCCCUGCGGCCAACAUGAAGCAGUGUAUCCUGACCGUCUCAUCAUGGCUGCUGAACAGCGAGAGGUCGUUGCGCGUCACCGUAGACUUGAGUGAGUCCUAUCCCACCAUGGAGGCCCAGGGUGCCGUCCCUGAGCUACUACGUAAAGUCCUCAUGGCCUACGACACGAUGAUCCAGACGAGUCGUACUCUGAUCGAAUCAGCUGAUAGUGUCUACUCGAAACUUACUCAGUCACAGCGAGCAGGAUUGGAUUUCCAUGAAGAUCUGCACAGGAUUGGCGCUAAGGAAGGCCUGAAAGGAAGGAAACUGCAGAAGGCGAUGGAGAGCUACGCCUGGAACAUCACCGUCCUCAAGGGCCAGGCCGACUUGCUGAAGCAUGCCAAAUCCGAGGCGAUGGACACCCUGAGGCAGAUAAACUACGCCGCUCACUCUUGUGGCUUAGCCAAGAACGGAGCCUCCACCUCGCCGGCCUCGCCUUUGCUGCCUCCUUACCCGCGGUCCCUCGGAGCCUUACACACGAUCCCCGAGACAGACUACCCUGCCACAGACACAAAUACCCUACACUGAUAUAUAUAAAUACAUACAGAGCUAGAGGCAAAGACAAAGAGAAAGGGAACAAGACAGGAUCUUGAAAGGUGGGAACAAUGAGAGUGAGUUCUUUAAGGACACCUAGAUGGAGGGAAGUGCAGGAGAAGGAAUAGAAGAAGACAGGUCUGUACAGAUUGGUCCACAGGUCUGUCUCUCCGGCGAGUGGAACGCUAAGGAUUCCACCAGCUCUGAAAUGGCUGCUUUAUGUUACUGUAUGGACUCUGGUUAAAUCACUAACCUGAGCCUCGUACAUUGUAACCUAAUGCGUAUCAAACUCAGUCCUAGUUAAACAUCUUUGAAAGUUGAAGGCCAGGGACGUCCCGUAAGAUUGAUAAUAGUAAUAAUACUCACUGGGAGCUCAAGUAAUAAAUAAUAAUAAAGAAUUUCAUAAAUCAAGGGCAGGCUGUAAUAAAGGCACAUACAUAUUCAUAUUUUAUGUGAUUUUUAUGUUUGGACUUUGGAAGUUUUUUUUCUCUCUCCAGCGUGUGAAAAUGCGUUAACUCUCUGUCCUAAUACUCACCGCAGUGUUCGAAACUGUAACUUGAUCUUCUCCUGCUGAGGCGGACCGAACUCGAGGAAGAAAACAGAAUACAGCACAGAGACUCAGAUAAAGCAAAUAAUUUAAAUUGUGAAUUAAUUCAGUCGCUAAUUUUAGAACUCAUUGAAGGACAUUUUACAGUCUGGCUCGGAGCAAUUCACCGAAUUGUUUGUGAACAAAGUGACUAUUGUAAUAACUGCUAUAACUAUUGUGGGUAGGUAUAUUAAUUAAUAUUAAUACAGUAAUUUUAUAAUUACAGUAUGUCCUGCUGUACCCAUAGUCAAGAUGUCACUGGAAUGCACAAGGCCAAAGGUUAAAGGCCAAGCAUGGUGAGA